AUGAGCGACAGAUCGUAUUCUCGAGACACGCAAGACGAGCACCAAGCAUCGACCAGCACCCCGGGAAGACACGACGGCCGCGUGCUGCCUCUGCUUCCGCGCCAUGGCUUUACGAGUGCUUCCAAUCAGGUGGCCCAGCUCGCACCGAGAGGAGGCCCAAGCAGCGCUGGGUCUCUUGCUGCCAGGAGGAAACGGGCCAGCAAGCCCAAAGUCCGAUCCGGGUGCCUGACAUGCAAGAUCCGGCGGGUCAAGUGCGACGAGCGCAAGCCCACGUGUGCCCGCUGCGAGAAGGCGGACGUCGAGUGCGACGGGUACAUUAAGGAGGCCGUGGACCCCAAGAGGACCGCCGAGCAGGAGCACCUCAUCCUGGCCGCGCAAAAGGCCAGCAGUCGGCACCUGCUCCCGCGGCCGGACGGGGCGGCAUCCCGCGGCCGGCCGGCUCCGGCGCCGGCGGCUCUGCUCUCGAGUAACCCUCCCUUCAUACGGGUCGACCAGAGCGACGUCCCGUACUACGACCUCUUUCGAUACCAGCUGAUCAAAGAUCUCGGCGGUUCAUGCCAGGCCGACUUCUGGUCGCGCAUCGUCCUCAACGAAAGCACGCGAGACCCGUGUAUCCGAGAGUCGAUCCUGGCCAUCGGGGCCAUCUCCCAAACCAUCUUCUUCGAUGCCGAGUCGAGCAAACGGUUCGGUGGCCUGCCCCCCUCGGCACUCCGUCCCUGGGGGACGCCAAGGUCGUACUCGACCGGCUUCCUCAACCGACACCACAAGGCGGCCCUGCUGCACCACGUCAAAGCCGUCUCCAUCUACAGGCAGCGUAUCCAAGGCUCAUCCGCCGACACCUCGCCGAGGUCCAUCAUCAUCAUGACGCUGUUGCUUAUCGCGUUCGAAUUCAUCCAGGGCAACAUGAAGAACGUCGACUCGCUGAUGGGCACGGGCAUGCGUCUCCUCGAAAACAAGAUCACGUUGAUGCACGGUCUGCAGCCCGGGGACGAGCUCGUCGACGGGGGCGCCGGGUACCCGUCGCCCAGGCUGCGAAGCGGCGCCCCCGACGACGAGAUGGAGGACAUCGAGCACCUGCUGCCGUGCCUGUGUCUCAUGGCCGGCUUCACCCACUUCUUCAACUCGCACCGCAACAGCGUGCUCCUGAUGAACAGCAGCCCGAAGCUGCAGCUCCCCCGGCCGGGCGUCACCGUCAUCGCGAAGCUGCAGGCGCUCUGGGGCCAGUUCUUCACGCGCGCCGUCGUGCACGUCAUGCGGACGGUGCACGACCAGCUCAACUACAACUCGAUGGACCUGGUGAAGGCGGCGCAGGAGCAGGAGAAGUUCGUCGAGUACAUUGGCAUGUGGAACGGCGUGCUGGAGGCGUACCUGGGCGACCCGGCGCUCGACGCCGACGCCAGACGGACGCUCGACAGCAUCCAGAUCCACCGGCUGCUGAUCCACAUCGUCAUCAGCUGCAGCCUCGACCGCAGCGAGAUGGCGUACGACGCGUUCGAGGACGAGUUCCGGGAGCUGCUGGGCCGCGUCGUGCGCUACCUGCGGGACCCGGGCCCGAUCCCCAAGGUGUCCUUCACCUUCUCCGAGGGCCUGACGUCGCCGCUGGCCAUGAUCAUCGCCAAGUGCCGGAACCACGAGCUGAGGAUGCGGGGGAUCCACGUGCUGAACAACCUGUCGUGGAGGGAGAGCGCCUGGGACGGGCAGGCGCUGGUGGUGGGCAAGUCGGGCGUCGUCCUGCUCGAGGAGAGGGGCAUGGACGCCAGCGGCUUCAUCCCGGCCGAGGCGCGGUGGAUCUGGAUGUCGGGCAAGUGGGACAUUGAGAAGCGGGAGCUCGUCGCGACGUACUUCCGGCUGACACCCAACGAGGACGGCACGCCCUUCACGGCGCAGCUCGUGCUCGACAUGGACAACCUGGUGUACAGUUGCGACCUCAUUGGGUGUCCGGGGCGUCACAACCCGUUUGAGAGUUAUGAAGUUUGA